CUAAUAUCGACAUUAAAGAGACAAUGACACGUAAUCAUGCCAUCAUGUAUUAUUCAAUUAUCGGUUAACAUGAGGUAACAAGAAUACAAGAUACUUAGUUUAAAAUCCAAAAGCACGUGAAUUAAAAAGAAUUCAAAUUUUAUAAGAAAAAAUUAGGACAAAUGAUAUAAAACUUAUAGAUUUUCUCAUUUUUAACCACGUGUCAAUAUAUAUUUUGAUUAAAACAAACCGGAAUAGAGCUCGAGUUCAACCGAUUUCAUUUUCUGUCCCCCACCACCACCACCAGCGCGCCACCGUCCGUGCCAUCUCUACUGACUACUCAAAGAUGGCGGCGGUCAACUCCGUCCGUAUCGCCGCUGCUCAGAUGACAUCCAUUAACGAUCUUGCCGCCAAUUACGCCACAUGCUCUCGCCUUGUCAAGGAAGCAGCCUCAGCUGGAGCAAAACUUCUUUGCUUCCCUGAAAAUUUCUCGUUUGUGGGUGCUAAAGACGGGGAAAGCCUUAAAAUUGCCGAACCUUUAGAUGGCCCUGUUAUGAAAGGUUAUUGUGCUCUUGCAAAGGAGUCAAGCAUGUGGUUGUCUCUUGGAGGGUUUCAAGAAAGAGGGUCAGACGAUGCACACUUAUGUAAUACUCAUGUUUUGAUUGAUGAUGCUGGAAAUAUCAGAAGCACUUACAAGAAGAUGCACCUGUUUGAUGUGGAUGUUCCUGGAGGUGCAGUCUAUAAAGAGAGCAGCUUUACAGAAGCAGGGAAGGAGAUAAUUGCCAUUGAUAGUCCCUUUGGGAUUUUGGGUCUUACUGUAUGCUAUGAUUUGAGGUUCCCUGAAGUUUAUCAACAGCUGCGCUUCCACCAUGGAGCUCAGGUUUUGUUAGUUCCUGCAGCAUUUACAAAAGUUACAGGUGAGGCACAUUGGGAGGUUCUUCUUCGUGCACGUGCCAUAGAGACUCAAUGUUAUGUUAUAGCUGCUGCACAAGGUGGGCAACAUAGUGAGAAAAGAGAGAGUUUUGGUGAUACGUUGAUAAUCGACCCUUGGGGCACUGUAAUUGGUCGUUUACCCGAUAAAGCGUCAACGGGAAUCACGGUUGCAGAUAUAGAUUUCUCAUUGAUCGAAUCCGUGAGAAGGAAGAUGCCAAUUUCCCAGCAUCGGAAGCCGAUUGAGUUCUGGAAACAAAUAUGCAAACCAGAUAUUAACAUUUUUGUUCCAUAUUUGUCGCUACCAUCACCACUAGAGACUACGAACCUUGAGCUCGUCACCGCUACUAGAUCUAAAAACGAGAUCCUCAAAUUUGAAAGUCAUCAUCACCUUGAACUCGUCACCGCUACAAGAGACGACCUACCAGGCGGCGACACUACGACUUGCUUUAACCGGAGGAGUAGGAGCUCAUCGUCUGAGGAGGAGAUUGGAGACCCAACAUAUCAUAUCUUAUAG